CACGCAAUAAUGAAGGCACCGCACUUUUUAAAUUUAGUAAUAAUUUCAUUAAAAGUAAACAAUAGGUGAUUUGUAACUUUUUAAAAAUGUAAUAUAAUUUCCUCAUUUUUAACUAAAUCGUGUGUCUCUGUGUUCUAUAACCAUGAAUAAGUAUGCAUUUCUGUUAAUGCAAAGCAAAAAGAAAUAGAGGAAGAAAAUUAUUUAAAUUAAUUAAACCGAGCCGUGUUUAUCAGAAGUGGGCGGGGCUUCACGGAUGCCACUUCACUAUUGGCUGAAUGAGCUGUCAAUCACAGCCCUCAACACUCAGUCUUUGCAAGAGUAGAGCGAGAGAGAGAGAGCAGACGAGUGGAGCAGCAGCAUGGAGGAGACACAACUCACUACACAGAGUGCUGCAGUCAUGUAAAGGCGAGCGUAGAGGACGUCCACUGAAGACCGUCCUGCAUCAAACAGAGAAAAAACAUGGACGAGGAGCGGAAGGAGAGGAAGCGCAGCAGCGUGCUGAACUGGGAGCAGGUGAAGCGUCUGGACACCGUCCUCACCGAGUCCAUCCCCAUCCAUGGCCGAUGGAGUUUCCCCACGCUGCAGAUGAAGCCGCGGGACAUCGUUAAAGCCGUGCGAUGCAGAAUGGCCGAGCAGAACAUCUGUGUACGCGAAGUUCGGCUAAACGGUUCGGCCGCUAGUCACGUCCUGCACGAGGACAGCGGCUUAGGAUACAAAGACCUGGACUUGAUCUUCUGCACCAAGCUCAAGGAUGAGCUGGACUUCCAGACUGUCAAGGACAUCGUGCUGGACGCUCUCCUGGACUUCCUGCCCGAAAUAGUGAACAAGACCAAAAUAACGCCAUCCACGCUAAAGGAGGCGUAUGUUCAGAAGAUGGUGAAGGUGUGUAAUGACUCGGACCGCUGGAGUCUGAUCUCUCUGUCCAAUAACAGCGGGAAGAAUGUGGAGCUGAAGUUCGUCGACUCUCUGCGCCGUCAGUUCGAGUUCAGUGUCGAUUCCUUCCAGAUCCGCUUGGACUCGCUCCUUCUGUUCUACGAGUGCUCUCUUGAGAACCUCAUGAGCGUCUCGUUCCACCCGUCCAUCCUGGCCGAGAGCGUGUACGGCGAUUUCUCCGAGGCCCUGGAUCACCUCCGGCAGCGUCUCAUCGUCACUCACAACCCUGAAGAGAUCCGUGGUGGAGGCUUGCUCAAAUAUUGCCACCUGCUGCUGCGAGGCUUUCAAGCCCCAAACCGACAGGAAAAAGGCAUCUACCGAGAGCUGCUGCAGCGCUACAUGUGCUCGCGCUUCUUCAUUGACUUCCCACGUGCAUCUGAGCAGCAUCGCAAGCUCGAGUCAUACCUCCAGAGCCAUUUCGUCGGGCAGGAGGAGUGUAAGUUUGCAUACCUGAGCAUGCUGCACGACGUGGUGCGCGAGAGCAGCAUGUGUCUGAUGAACCGCGAGAGAUGCCGAGUGCUCGAGAUCAUCGCUGCGAUGGCUGUGAGAGCGCUGGCUGAACACAGCGACGUCCCGAAUGUGGAAAACGUCACGUGCUACUACCAGCCCGCUCCGUACGUCAAAGACGGAAACUUCAGCAACUACAGCGUGGCUCAGGUGCAGAACGUGUACACCUGCGAAACGGACCAAUCGGGACAAGUCUGGCUCUGUUUGUUCAUCUGAGACACGUGCUGAAAAUAUAGUUUCCAUGUCAACCAAUCAAAGUGGAGCUAAUGAUGGACAGCACCACAGACCAGUCAGAAUGACUUCUCACGUGGGAUGAGAAAGAAAAUCCAACCAAUCAGAGAUCAGCGAUUGUAUAAUGGACCAAUCUGGACAGCUGUGGUUUGGUUUGAUCUGCACAAAUCCUUUUUUCCGAAUUAUUAAAUCCAGUUUAAUUCACCUGAAGCCACCAAUUACAGAGCGGGAGCCAUGUGAUGAAACGCUUGGGUUUUUCUGACCUGAACGUUGGAUUGUUGUAUACUGCUUUUCAUGUGCUUUAAAAAUAUGAAGCAGAAUUCAGAACCAGAACUUUAUAUGACAGAUGGAGAAAAUGGACCAAUCGAGAUGGGAUGGUGGUUUGACACAUGGGUGUUCUUUUGUUGUUUUCA